AUUUUCCUAUUCCUGCACCCUCCUCUUCUUUAAAUUGCAGCUCUCUUCCUUUCUUUCUCCCUCUUUCCAUCUCCCACACUUUUCCCUGUCUAGUCUAUAAAUCUCUGGGUUGCGACUGUCUAAAUCUACAUUGCUCCUCUACAGCUCUAACUGUGACAGUACUUUUCUGGAUUUCAACAUUCUUGUUUUUUGCAUUUGUCUGUAACUUUAUCCCCCUCCUCAUUUACUGGAUUUCUUUCCAAGCUUGGAAGUAGACACUAUCCCGGAUAUACAUUUCUUCUUAUAAAGGACACAGCAUGGCGUCUGGUGUCAAAGUCAAUGAUGAAGUCAUCAAAGUUUUCAAUGAAAUGAAGGUGAGGAAAUCAUCUACUCCAGAAGAAAUCAAGAAAAGGAAGAAAGCAGUUCUCUUUUGUUUGAGUCCUGAUAAAAGGGAAAUUAUUGUGGAAGAAGCAAAACAGAUCUUGGUGGGAGAUAUUGGUGAGGCAGUUCAAGAUCCUUAUAGGACCUUUGUAAAUCUUUUGCCACUUGAUGACUGCCGAUAUGGACUGUACGAUGCAACUUAUGAGACCAAAGAGUCCAAAAAAGAGGACCUAGUCUUCAUCUUCUGGGCCCCUGAUAAUGCACCUCUAAAAAGCAAGAUGAUAUAUGCUAGUUCCAAAGAUGCAAUUAAGAAGAAGUUUACAGGCAUCAAACAUGAGUGGCAAGUGAAUGGACUGGAUGAUAUUAAAGACCGUUCUACAUUGGCAGAUAAAUUAGGUGGAAACGUGGUAGUUUCACUUGAAGGGCUUCCAUUAAAAUAAAUCUAACUCCCACCUUUCAGACCAUAUAGAAUUUUUUUUGUUUUAUUUAUUGAAUUUUUAUUUUAUUUUCUGAUUUUUUUUUUCUUUUUUGUUGUUGUUUUUCUAGACAGUUAAUCCAUUUUGGUGCUUGAGAAAAGCAGUGAAAUGAUUACACCGUGCAAGUUAAGAGUAUGGAACAGUAUUUAGUUUAUAUAGGUUUAACAUCUCUCUCACUGGUUGUAAAGCAGCCUUUAUAAUGAGAAAAGUUAAUCAAAAAGAUUAUAGAAGCAGCAUUUUUCAAUAAAAUAGAAGUUUAUUGUGCACUCUAUUCAUAAGCUUUAAAGGUAUCUAGUCAGUAGCUAAGUAAUACUGAUUGUUACAGAAGUGUAAAAUGUGCCGCUGGCUUAAAAAAAAUAUUUACUUCCUUUUAAAACCAAAAGAAUAAAAUAUUCCCUUAGCUGAAGAUUGUUUCAAAAUUAAAUAUUCAUUUAUAUUUUACAAUAUAAAGAGAUAGAAAGUCCAAAAUUGAAAUGUGCAUGGGUGCAUUUAAAUUUGAAAUAGAAGCAUUUUUGGAUAUCUGCGUAUGCCACAGAAAAACAGUCAUCAUUUUUUACUAGAAGCAUUUUUGCUAAUAGAAGUAUAUUGCAAAAAAAGCAUCAAAAAUUGAAGUGCAUCGGUGCACAUUUGAAUUUUGACCUUUCUAUCCCUUUAAGAGAAAAAAAAUAUCCAGUUUUCUUCUAUAAUUAAAUAUAACUCUUGGUAUUCUUUGUUGAAACGUGGUCCCUUACCAUGAGGGCAUACUUAAGUAAGUCUAGAGGAGAAGUGUGCGCAGAGCUACUAGACCAAACUCCUAGGGCCCUAAUAGAUCCUCUAACAAUUAGGCAAAGGGAGUAUAAUCAAAGAAAAAUGCUUAGGAGCGCUAAAAAGCUAAAGGUUCUAAGGAACAAGGAAAGAGGAAAAAAACAUAUAUACAACACAGGCUAGUAAAAUCAAUGUUUAUAUAUAGGCUUGAUUCAAAACAUAUAAGCAAGUGUAAUAAAUGUUACAAAUCUAAAGUUGUAUAAUUGUUACUAAAUAUAUGCAACAAUGUGUUAAAAAAACGGACGUCUCCGAUUAAAUGCAAAAAUGUAAUAAUAUAAUAUGGGAUUGCCACCACUAAAAAAAUAAAAAUAAGAUAGGAACUGGUAGAAAAAAGUAUUUUGCCAAACGUAUUAGCACCUUAAAAAUACAGUCAGUUCAAAUCCAAAUAAUCUUGACUUGUAAGUCUGUAUAUCCAAAUCACAGUGAUGUAGACAAUGAGAGUCCUUACGUGUAAGUUAUAACCAAAUACCUGACUUGAGGACGUUAUAGUUCAGGAACCGCAGCUAUGUGUGUAUUCUGUUUGGCAUCUGUGUAUACCUUUUCAGCUGUUAUACCACACGUCACUGGUCUCUCAGCUGCUCCGGUCCUAUUGGACAGUCUCAAUUUUCAAACACUCCAGGGAUUUUUUUUCUGUCAGGUAUCGGAACUAGUAUCCUGCUCUUAGUGCAAUGGCACGCUGGAUACUCACAGCAUAUAUUCUUUUGUAGACUUGAAUAUAAAUUCAGAUGUUUCUUCUGGCACUCACCAGUGCACGGAUAUAGAGCAAGCAGAUUUUCAGUAUAUUAAACUGUGAAUAAAUAGGCAAUAUUAACGCCUAAAAGCCCAAUGUGAACUCCGUUGUCCACAGAGGGAUAAUCACAAUUGUAAAUAUUAUUGACUGCAUAAAAGAAAUAAAAUCAAAUCACCCAGACGAAACGCGUAGAGACUUUAUUAUAUGUUUCAGUACUUUCUGCAUAACGUCUACCCACUUCCAAUACCUUGAAGGUGUUUUUGCCAGCAACUACCGCACUUGGUUUCACAUUACGGCUGAGGUGGAUGUCACAGUUGGAUCACACCAGUGGAUUGUGGACUCUUGCAGUUAUUAUCAGUUUGGAAUUUGAUUCCAUACAUGCCUUAUUUGUUUUUAAUCUUGUAAGUAGCCAUUUGUACAGCGCACUUACUGGCUAAUAAAUUGUGCUUCACUUGAGUCAGGCUGCGCCUGUCCCAUUCUUUCUUUUUUCAAUAUUUCUCCACUAUGAUGCGAUAGACAGAAAUCCAUCACACGUCACAGGCAGCGUCUAAUCUCUCUCACACCCGGAAGGAGGAACUUGCAGUGUAUCCAGGAGCAGUCUCAACAUCUCCUUUCCCAGCUCAAAGGAGAAACCGGCUCUUUCAUUCCCACGAAACGUUCCAGUACUGUAAGCGCCAAAUUUCUGGUUUCGUAUGGCUUUACUGUUUCACAUUUGGUUAUAACUUACACGUAAGGACUUUCAUUGUCUACAUCACUGUGAUUUGGAUAUACAUACUUACAAGUCACGAUUAUUUGGAUUUGAACUGACUGUAUUUUUAAGGUGCUAAUACGUUUUGCAAAACACUUUUUUCUACCAGUUCCUAUCUUAUUUUUAUUUUUUUAGUGGUGGCAAUCCCAUAUUAUAUUAUUACAUUUUUGCAUUUAAUCGAAGACGUCCAGUUUUUUAACACAUUGUUGCAUAUAUUUAGUAACAAUUAUACAACUUUAGAUUUGUAACAUUUAUUACACCUGCUUAUAUGUUUCGAAUCAAGCCUAUCUAUAUAUAAACAUUGAUUUUACUAGCCUGUGUUGUAUAUAUGAUUUUUUCCUCUUUCCUUGGGCAUACUUAAAGGGACAGUCUACACCAGAAUUUUUAUUGUUUUAAAAGAUAGAUAAUCCCUUUAUUACCCAUUCCCCAGUUUUGCAUAACCAACACAGUUAUAAUAAUAUACUUUAAACCUCUGUGAUUAUCUUGUAUCUAAGCCUCUGCAAACUGCCCCUUUUUUUAGUUCUUUUGACAGACUUGCAGUCUAGCCAAUCAGUGCCUGAUCCCAGAUAACUUCACGUGCACGAGCACAGUGUUAUCUAUUUGAAAUACGUGAACUAACACCCUCUAGUGGUGAAAACCUGUUAAAAUGCAAUCUGAAAAGAGGUGGGCUUCAAGGUCUAAGAAAUUAGCAUAUGAACCUCCUAGGUUAAGCUUUCAAUUAAGAAUACCAAGAGAACAAAGCAAAAUUGGUGAUAAAAGUAAAUUGGAAAAUUGUUUAAAAUUUCAUGCUCUGUCUGAAUCAUGAAAGUUUAUUUUGGCCUAGACUGUCCCUUUAAGUAGUCUCAUGAGCGUGCGCGUGUCUUCAGCACUUAAUUGCCUUGGUGUUUGUGGCAAUGCUAUGUAUAUAGUGUUAAAAAAUGUGCAUGCACCGGAGUCAAUAUGCUCUUAUGGAAAGGAACUAAAUGUCAACAAAUAUACCAAAAGACAUAGUUGAAUUUCAUAAUGGAAGUAAAUAAAAAAGUUUUAGUUUUUUUACUCUGUUUCUGAAACUUAAAAAGUAAAUCCGACAUAUGUAUUUGACCUGCAGCUUCUGAAUGGUACUUUAACUAUGUGUUUAACCCCUUUCCAAGGUUUAAACACGUAGAGUUGGCGCUCCGCUAGUAUUAAAAUGAAAUGCUCUAACGAAUUAGAGCAUGUUAUUUUUUUCAUGAUUAUGGCACUUUAAGUUAUAAAUCUAUUUACCAUAAAUGUUUCAUUUGCACCAAACUGAAUAUUUAGUCAUUUUUGGUAUUAUUGUUUUCAUUUUAACCGUUCAUUUCGAAGUCAUGUCAAAGCACAAUAUAAUAUGAAUAAAAAUGGCAUUGUAUAAAUCCCAUAAAGAUCUGGGUUUCACAACACAAAUAUAUAUAUCAGCAUGACCAGAUAGGAUCCAUUGCCAGCAACUGGAGAAUGCCAUAUUGCACUGAAGUCAUGUGAUACUCAUUCCAUGUGCAAUUCUUGGAAUUCGUUUGGAACAUUAGUAGACAGAAAAAAAAGCUGCUAACACCUCCAGCUGUUACAUACAGAACACAUUUGUAGGACAUAGAGGUUGAAUUAACUGAGUGUUAAAAUCAUUGGAGAAUUAUUUAGUUUACAACCUGUACAUAGAAAAAUAAAAUCUAUAUUUCUUUGUUUCUGCUGUCAACUUUAAAAAAAUGAAAAAAACUCUGUAUUUCCAAACCAUCAAAUUUCUGACAUAUUAAUGUAAAUGUAUUGCUGUUUCAGCUUUUAGCUCUAACUUUAUCUGUCUAGUACAAUUCUUCAUAAAUUCAAUAAAGCUCUAUUCACAGACUUA